AUGGCCAAAUUUCUGCUCAUUCUCUUUUCUUUUGUCUCGUUCUUGCAGCUGUCUCUUCAGCAAGCCCCUGAAUGUAGCGCCACGCAGCUGUGCCCCAUUGGAUGUUGUUCCAAGUACGGAGUCUGUGGUACGGGCCCUGAUUAUUGCGGUACGGAUUGUGUCAGUACAUGCGACUUCAAGGCAGACUGCAACCCAGGCUGGGAUGACCCGAAAUGGAGCAAGGCCGAAACAUGCCCUCUCAACGUCUGCUGCAGCAAGUUUGGCUUCUGCGGUACUACAAAAGACUUCUGUGGUGACGAGACUGUCAAGCGGCCAUCAUGCGCCGUCAACGAUACCCCCAUUACCCGUGUGAUCGGCUACUACGAGGCCUGGUCUACGACCAACCGUCCUUGCUACGGUAUGCUGCCAGAGGAAAUCCCAUUCGGAUAUUACACCGACAUCAUCUUCUCUUUCGCUACGAUCGACCCUAGUACCUUUGAGAUCAAGGCUGGCGACUCGCAGACGGCGGAUUUCAUGCAAAGAAUAAGCGCCAUCAAACUGAUCCAACCGGAUAUCAAGAUUUGGAUCGCCGUCGGCGGGUGGGCUUUCAAUGACCCCGGCCCAACGCAGUCCACUUUCAGUGACAUGGCUGGCUCGACGGACGGCACCAAGAAGUUCAUUGACUCUCUCAUCAAGCUGAUGAACAAGUAUGGAUUUGACGGCAUUGACAUUGACUGGGAGUAUCCAGUUGCCGAUGAUCGCUUUGGAAAGGGAGCAGACUUCAAGAACUUUGUCACUUUCAUGAAGUCUCUGGCCGACAGGAUGCACAGCGGUGAUCAAAAGAAGUCUGUAUCCCUGACUCUGCCGUCGAGUUUCUGGUACCUACAGCACUUUGAUAUCAAGAACCUCGAGAAGCAUGUCGACUGGUUCAACAUCAUGAGCUACGACAUCCACGGAUCCUGGGAUAUUGACAACAAGUGGACCGGCCCUUACGCCAACUCACACACCAACAUGACUGAGAUCCAAGACGCGCUCGACCUGCUGUGGCGGAACGACAUCAAGCCGGAGAAGGUCACCUUCGGCAUGUCCUUCUACAGCCGAAGCUUCACGCUCCAGAACGCCGGGUGCAACACCCCCGGAUGCGUCGUCAGCUCCGGAGGCAACGCGGGCGAAUGUUCCGGCACGACUGGCGUGCUGCUGCACCCCGAGAUCGCCGACAUCGUAAGCAAGAACAGCCUCACGCCCACGCUGCACCGCGAGGCCGCCGUCAAGUCCGUGACGUGGGGCGACCAGUGGACCACGUUCGACGACCUGGCGACGUGGAGGCUCAAGUCCAACAUCAUCCGCGGGCAGUGCAUCCCGGGCGUCAUGGUCUGGGCCAUGAGCCAGGAUGACAAGGACGGAACCAACAUCAAGGCCCUGACGUCCGCCGUCGGCCGCAAGGCCAUGGACCCGCCCAAGUUCGUGCCGGCGCUGCCCUCCACCGAGCCGCCCAAGGUCGCGGAGCUGUGCCGGUGGUCGGGCUGCUACCAGGACUGCCCGGCCGGCUUCAAGACGGUGCAGCGCGACGGCCACAAGGAGAUCAUGCUCAACGGCGAGAACUGCCUCGACGGCGGCGUCGACAAGCUGUGCUGCCCGGCCGACCAGCCGAUGCCCACCUGCGAGUGGCGCGGCCACAGGAACAGCGGCGUCUGCAAGCCCGGGUGCGAGGACGGCGAGGUCAAGGUCGGCUCGCUACGCGUCGGCUGCAACUUCUCCCACCAGGCCGCGUGCUGCACCAACGUGGCGGCCACGGCGUCCUACGGGAUGUGCAAGUGGGUGGGCGAGGCGCCGACGUGCAACCAGGACUGCCCGUCCGACUACCCGAACAAGAUCUUCUCGUCCCGGCUCGCCGCGGGAGGCGAGCAGCCGUGCAUUUCGGGCACGAAGCACUACUGCUGCCAGGAGCCCAAGCCGUCGGACUUUUCAAAGUGCGACUGGGUGAAGAAGGGCAGCCCGCCGCGGUUCAGCCAGGACUUCAUCUGCGAGGACAGCUGCCCGGCCGGCCAGAUCAAGCUGGCGACCGAGGUGGGCGGCAUGAACGCCGAGAACGGCUGCUUUGGCGGCGCGAGGGCGUACUGCUGCGAGCCCCCCAAGCCCAUCGUCCCGCGCGGCGACGACGACCCCUUUGGAGGGAAGCAAAACAAGGAGUUCCAGCUUCUGCUCGAGGGGUACAUGGAGAACCCGACGUGCCCGGCGACCAUCCUGAACCCGUCCGAGGGCAACAUGUUCGGCAACACGUUCACCAAGCGCGACCUCAAGCGCGAGGCCGCCGAGUACCGGUCUCUGCGCGGCAGGGCCACGGACUGCGAGGAGGACCGGUUCACGAGGAUGGUCUUGUUCGGCGCUCUGCUGCUCACGGCGUCCCAGUCGAUGCUGGAGCCCCUGAGUCUGGUGUACGAUGAGAUCUUUGCCGGGGCGUACGAUACGGAGCUGCAGUCUGGUAACAUCAGGACGUACUACGCGAAUCACGAGGGAAUGGACCCGAACGCUCUCAUGCGAUAUGUCUUUAUGAACCCCAUUGAUGCCGGGCCCGGGUUGAGGCGGGCGGCGAGGACGGAGACCACGUUCUGUCAGCUCCUUACGGUGGCCAAGCGCGAGGAGAGGGAUCUGUCCAGGAAUUCCAAGAACGUGAGUGAAGCUCAUGUCUGA